AUGAGUGAAACAACAAGAUUUAAGAAAAAUGAUUAUGUUAUAGCAAAAACAGAUGAUUUUCCCGACGGAGCACAAGGCGAAAUCAUUGAUUUCCGUCGUCACGACACCCAAGCAUAUAUUCACUUCAUAAAUCAAGAUAAACGAUUAGAUCGUUGGGUUGACAUAGGGACCCUUAGGCUGAAUCCAGAUCAGAUAAAUGUGAAUUCGAAAAAUAAAAAAUCUCAUGAUAAUUCUGAUGAAGAACAACCAGAAUUAAUUAAAUUUGAAGAAGUUCACAAAGAAAUUACGAAAAUUCGGAACAUUGAUAUGAUAACUAUCGGUAAUUAUACUAUGCGAACAUGGUACUUCUCUCCAUUUCCAUAUCCUUACUUCGAAAUGGAUCAUAUUUAUAUGUGUGAGCAUUGCUUUACAUAUUUUGCCUCAGAAAAGGAUCUACAAGAUCACAUUCACAAAUUAAACGAAACUCAUCCACCAGGACGUGAAAUUUACAGAGACGGAAAUCUUUCAAUUUACGAACUUAAAGGAAAGAACCAAAAAAUCCCAUGUCAGAACUUAUGCUUACUUUCAAAACUGUUUCUUGAUCAUAAAACUCUGUUUUAUGAUGUAGAAGGCUUCGAAUUUUACGUUUUAUGCGAAUGCGACAAUUCUGGUUCACAUUUGGCUGCAUACUUCAGCAGAGAAAUAAAGAGUUCGCAAGGGAAUAUCCUUGCAUGCAUUACAACCCUCCCUCCUUUUCAAAAAAAGGGAUACGGACAUCUUUUGAUUUCAUUAGCAUACGAACUUGCGAAAAGGCAAAAGAGAAGUGGUGGCCCUGAGACACCAUUGUCAGAUCUUGGCAAAAUUGCAUUCAAAACCUACUGGAGAUAUGCAAUUGUUAAUGCUCUUAAAAAAGGUGAAAAUCAGAUCAGUAGUAUUGAUGAUAUCGUAGUUGAGACGGCUAUAGAUAGAAAGGAUAUCAUUAAAACCCUGAAAAAACUAAAUUUGGUCAGAGAAAGAAAUGAUGAGUUCAAAUUAAUUGUUUCUAAGGAAAAAUGGAAGGAUGUUUGUUCACAACCAGAAUUUAACCAACCUAAGAUGACAGUUAAGUCAAAUCUUCUUAUUUGGAUUCCAAAAGAAGAAGAUGAAACUUAA